UUCUUUAGAAGAUACACAAGAUUCUGGUGUCUUAACAGAGCUUGAGCAGCACAAAACACACCGGUUUUCAGCACUUAAAGGGUCUGAAGAGUUCUGCGAAUUCCCUUGCCAGUGUCCUAUAGAAGAACUUAUUUGCAAUGAAGGUGUAAAGGCAGUGAAGGAUGGAUGCGAUUGUUGCUACAUGUGCGCACGUCAACACGGUGACCGAUGCAGUCCAAAGGAACGAUGCGCAGAUGGUCUUUAUUGUCAAUUAAGCAAAGAAACCAAAGGCGUUGGAAUUUGCAAAGCUCGUUACCCCAAACCCUGCGAAGUGCACAGCUCAUUCUACCGGAACGGCAAGCGCGUCGUAAAGAAGACUUUGUACAGUGACGGAGAACAGGUGCGCCCAGACUGUUCACACUUGUGCACUUGCCAAAAUGGUAACUUCGGCUGUGUAUCACUAUGUCCUCAGGAAGAAAAGAAACCUUCCUUGACACAUUGUAAGAACCCGCGGUUAGUUACUGUGGCUGGGCAAUGCUGUGGUGAAUGGUGGUGUGACACGGACAGCAAUUACACGAAGACGAUCGAAAGCAAAAGCGGAAGCACAAGCAACGUGGUAGCUUAUGAUCCCCGACGAGACGGAAGCUAUGUGAGACACGGAGUUGAAUCCUUACGUGUGGCACCAAUUGAAGCCAAACCUUCAACAUUGACGCAGCUACCAUUAACUACAACAUCUCCCAUCCGUCCACCUUGUGCAAUUGUAAAAUCAGAAUGGUCAGCUUGUUCUGCCAGUUGCGGUGUCGGUAUGUCAGUUCGCAUGAACAACGACAAUCUAGAAUGUGAAGAUGUACAACAAACCAGGAUUUGUUUCUUGCGGCCUUGCGGAGAAGUUGUUAAAUCGGAGAAACACAAAAAAUGCACACCGACAGCAAAGGCUCACGAAAAAUACCGCAUCGUAUUUCAAGACUGCCGCAGCGUGAAGGAACACCGCCUGAAGUUCUGUUCAAACUGUAAAGUAAACCGUUGUUGUUAUCCACAAAUAACACGUCAUCGGACGAUUGAAUUUGAAUGCUCCAAACGCGAACGCGUGUUCCUAUCGUUCAUGUGGAUUAAAAAAUGCCAAUGUGGACAUAAAUGUUACGCAAAUAAAAUUAUUGAUUCAUAACCAAACAUUCAAAGAGAUCGAUAGAGAAGAAUAUUUUAUAGAUGGUGGCGGAGAAAAUAUAUAUAACAAAACCUCUGUUGGAGGAACAUACACAGGCAGAUAAUAUUUCAUGCAUUCAUACAUGCAAUCGCAUAUAUAAUGAUGAUGCACCAAAAUAUAUAUAUAUAUAUAUAUAUAUAU